AUGACAUUAGCACAGAUUGACAAGAAUUCACUUUUCAUCAAGAAGAGUGCAAUCGUCAAGUUUUUGUACGACAGCAUUCCGGUGGGAGCAGAGACUGUGACAACGGUUCACGGAUGGGAGAAGCAAAUGUCGGAAAGGAACAAGGAGGCAGAGCCUUACAGUAGCACCAAGAAGCAGAAGUGA